UCUGACUUAAUAGCGAAAAUGGAUUAUAAAUACUGUUUAUUCUUUACCUUUGUUAAUCUUGUUGUUUUGGCUUCUGCUUUUUCAAAAGGUUCUGAUCGGAAUUGCGGACCGCCGAUCAAGGCCAACGACAAGGAUCGGCUUCAGUUUGCUCUCAACUUGGAAUACUUGGAAGCGGAAUUCUUCUGCUACGGUUCGCUUGGCCAUGGGAUUGAUUUUAUUGAACCCGGUUUAUCCCACGGUGGCCCUCCUCCAAUUGGUGCUCAAAAGGCCAAUCUUAAUCCUCUUGUUUGUAAAUCCAUGGAGGAGUUUUGUUAUCAAGAAAUUGGACAUGUCAGGUCUAUUUGGAGAACGGUUGGUGGAUUUCCAAGGCCUCUAUAUGAUCUAAGGGCUGAAAAUUUCGCAAAUUUUUUUGAUGAGGCACUAGAAAUGAAAUUGGAUCCUCCAUUUGACCCUUACGCCACCACAAGCCACUAUCUAUUAGCAGCUUAUCUUCUGCCUUACGUAGGUCUGGUAGGCUAUGUUGGUACCAUUCCACAACUAUACAACUACACUACUAAAAGACUGGCUGCAUCAUUGCUGGGCGUUGAGGCAGGGCAAGAUGCAGUAAUAAGAACAAUGCUAUACGAGAAAGCUGGUGAAAAAGUGGAGCCUUACGACAUAACAGUUGCGGAGUUUACAAACGCCUUAUCAAGGCGACGGAAUGAGCUUGCGAUGUGUGGAAUUAAAGAUGAAGGUGUGAUUGUUCCUAAAGAACUGGGAGCUGAGAAUAGAACAAACAGUAAUAUAUUAUCAGCUGAUCCAAACUCACUGUCGUAUGCUCGUACGCCACCUGAGAUCUUAAGUAUAAUGCAUGCUACCGGGAAUUAUAGCCAGCCCGGCGGUUUUUUUCCUAAAGGUGCAAAUGGAAGGAUUGCAAAGUCGCUUCUGUUCAAGUUCAAAGGAUAAUGAAUUUUUGUUUAUGAAUCAGAAAUAUGCUAUACGAGUGUGGUUAUCCGAAAUAAAGAUAAUGUGUUCAUGCCUUCGUAUUAAAAAUAAAGUGAGAAUAUCCAUUCAUUAAUAUCUAAUGAUGUAUAAUUUUCAUAA